UGCGGGAGGGCAGCGGGGCCAAGAUGGCAGCUUAGGCUGAGGUUGGGUUUGGCUGUCUUGGGGCUACUCUUGGAUGCCUAGCGUGAGUCACCCAGCUCCUGCACCUCUCACGGGUCCCUAAAACCCCACCAUGAACAGCGUGUGGCUGCCCGCCACAGCCCGGGGCACACUGUGGAGGGCAGCGCUGGGGCGGGAUUACACCUGGUUGCAGAGCCCUGGCUGUGUUCAGGCUUUCUGGACAGGGCCCCUGCGUGGCUGUAGCAGUGGCUCGAAGCUGACCCUGAGGCCUGGGGAUGAUGGAGAUGGGGAGCAGACACUGCGGGAGCUGGUGCCCUUUGAGAACAUGUUCUGGCAGGGGGGCCAGCAGGGCCGCAGCAAGGCAACCUGGUGCCAGGUGGUGGAGGCCUUCCAGAACCGGGACGUGCGACGCCGCGAGCAUGUGGAGUUCAUAUACGCAGCACUGCGGCACAUGGUGAUUUUCGGUGUGGAGCGUGACCUUGACGCCUACAACUGCCUGCUAGAAGUUUUCCCCCAAGGUGUCUUUGUGCCCCAGAACUACAUCCAGCGCAUGUUCCAACACUACCCGCGCCAGCAGCUGUGCGGCAUCCAGGUGCUCGAGCAGAUGGAGACCUAUGGCAUCAUGCCUGACCAGCAGACCAGAUUCAGUCACCCUGCAUACAAGUACCAGCGCAUCAUGUACUGGUUCCCAAAGUUCAAGCACAUUAACCCCUACCCGCUGCCCAAUCCCCUGCCCCGUGACCCUGUUGACCUGGCACGGCAUAGCCUAACCAGGAUCGCUGCUGAUGCCAGCGCCUGUGUCACCAUCUACCAGAUGCCCUUGCCAGAGCAGGAGGAUCCAGGGAUAGAUCCUGCACAGCCCUACAUUGUAGGCAUCCAGAGUCCUGACCAGCAGGAGCUCCUGGCCCGCCACAACCCUGCCCAGCCUGUCUUAGUGGAGGGCCCCUUCCGACUGUGGCUCAAGACAACGUGCGUCUACUACUACAUCCUGCGUGCUGAGCUCCUGCCCAAGGAACAGCAGGAAGCGGUGAUAGAUCUGGAGCAGAGCUUCUACUACCCACUGCAGCUGGACCUGGACCUGGACCGGGGCAUCUGGGACAAGGAGACUUUUGACGUGGAGAAAGUGGAGGAGGGGCCCUUAUUUGCCAUGUGUAUGGUGGGUGCAGGAGACCAGGCCACCUUGGCAAAGUGGAUUGUGGGCCUGCAGGAAACCAACCCCAUCCUGAGCCAGACUUCAGUCAUCUUCCACCUCAGACCAGGGCCCCAGGAGCUCCAGCUGGCACCCAGUGCAGCCAAGAGCAGGGAGGAAGAGGAGGAGGAAGAGGCACAGGCACGAUGGGGGACCAGGGAAGCUUAAACCCCUCAUCAGCCUCACGGACUGAGUGGCUCAGAGCUGCUGUAGAGGGUGGUUAGAAGCUGGGGGCAGCUUGCUCCAGCCACCCUGGAGAGAGUGGGGGGUGAGAGGGGCAGUUGGUUACAUUGUUCUAUGCCGUGUUUCUGUGGAAACAGAGCUUUUAACAGUCUCCAUGCUGCCUUGGGUUUAAGCAUUUGCUCUGAUGGCCAAAGUGGUAGAUGGGGCCUGUGCCCACCUGGGAUAGCGAGGGCCUGACAGGGCUGCUUGGAGCAUUAGGGGACACCCCCUGGCCUGUGGCAGUGUGGGCGCUUGGUGUUGCCCGUAAGGCUCCCCCAAUAAAGCAGUGUGCUCCUCA